GAGAGAUUUUACACAAUACGAAGCUUCCACAAGAACAUAACGUGAACAAUGGGAGUUGGUUAAAUACUAUUCAACCAUGAUAAUAACUUGUUCAUUUGUCAAAUACAUCAGACAUUUCAAACAUUCCUCACGUCUCGUGCUGACUCGCGGGGCGAAAAGUUACUCUACGGAGCGUUGGAAGGCGACAAAAAUGGAGGGAGAAAAGGCCCCAGCGUCGCGGGAUGACCCGGUGAUAAUGAAGCUUGAUACACCUGAAUUCCAAACGAUAUUCACGCCGGAAUUGAAGACGCUAGCUGGCCUCUUUGAGAAGUAUAACUACGAGAUCCGGAUCGCAGGAGGAGCGGUACGGGACAUCCUGAUGGGUAUCCGUCCAAAGGACUUGGACUUCGCGACGACGGCGACGCCCAACGAGAUGAAGGAUAUGUUCACAAAGGAGGAGAUCCGGAUGAUAAACAUGAAGGGGGAGCAGCACGGGACGAUAACAUCGCGGAUAAACGACGCUGAGAAUUUCGAGAUAACGACCCUGAGAAUCGACAUAGCAACAGACGGACGUCACGCGAAGGUCGAAUUCACGAAGGACUGGAAGCUCGACGCGAACCGGCGAGACCUGACGAUAAACUCGAUGUUCCUUGGGCUGGACGGAACGGUCUACGACUACUUCUUCGGCUACGACGAUCUGAAAAAGCGGCGUAUCGCCUUCGUGGGUAACGCCGAGACCAGGAUCCAGGAGGACUACCUUAGGAUCCUCAGGUACUUCCGGUUUUACGGUCGCAUCGCCGAGAACCCCGACAACCACGACGCCACCACCCUCGAGGCCAUCCGCAGCAACGUUGAAGGCCUCGAUCGCGUCGCCGGGGAGCGGAUUUGGACCGAGUGGCACAAGAUAAUGGAGGGAAGGUUUGCCCUUGAGCUAUUGGCGAAGAUGGUUGAGUGCCAGCUUUCCACGCACAUCGGCCUCCCCGAACACCCCGAUGUCGACGCCCUCGUCGAAGUCCACAAACGUGCCACCGAAAACGGCGUCACUCUGAGACCCAUCAGCCUCAUAUCAGCGCUCCUGAAGGACGAGGAGGAGGUCAUGAGGCUCCAUGGGAGGCUGAAGCUCUCUGCCUUCGAUAGAGAUCUCGCUCUGUUUCUUGUCCAGCACCGCGUGCGUCCACCGUCCGAAAAACCGCUCAAAAUCUAUCAGAAGCUGGUUAUUAUGCCAAAGGGGAAGAACCAUGGGAUCAAGGACUUUGUUUGCGAACUUUUCAGAUACAGAGGCGAGCUUGAGCUUCUUAAGGAGUUCGCUGAUUGGCGACCCCCUCGGUUUCCCGUCGGAGGUGAUCAGCUCAAACAACAUGUCAAGGUUGGGAAAAUCAUGGGGUUGGUCAUCAACAGGCUCAAGGAAGAGUGGAUUGAUUCAGAUUUUCAACUGGAUAGCGAUGAGCUUGUCAAACUUGUACCAAACAUUGUUGAAGAGAUUACUGAUAAUAUUAAAAAAUAAAUAGUUGAUGAAUUCUUAGUAAAUUGUUUGAG